CAGAUUGAAAAACAAAUUCAUGAAAGUAAAGAGUACGUUACAUAUAAAAAAACAUGCUACGUAAACGUCAGUUGAAUAUUGAAUAAAAGAAAAAAGUUUGUAAAAGAAACAUCGUUAUGAGUGAGAUAAAUAAUUUUUCAUGGACUCGCCAACUUGAGUGCCCACCAACAGUAUACAAUGAUUCAGUGAAGAAAAUAUUGUGUAAGGGAGUACUGGAGCUCGUAUGGGAGGAUAUCUCUAAUUCUGUGUUUCCCAUAGCAGAAGCAUCUAAAAUAAGGAAAAAUAUUUUGUUAUAUAAACUAAAACAUGGAUUGAAUGAUUCUGCAAUUGCAUCCAUAAAGCAUUUAAGUCAAUUAAAGGAUAAGAGUAAUACAUUGAAACAGCAAAUUUCUACAUUAGAAGAAGAAUAUGAAGAACAAGAUUAUAUUGUCAGACAAAAAAUGCAACGGUUGAAAGACUUAAAAGCCAAGCGUUCAUUAAUUAAUAGGAAAAAAGAUUUUUUGAAACUAAAACAUGAUGAAACCAGUAAGCAAUUGAAGGAUUGCAGUGUCAUGAAACAAGUAUGUCAACAUUUAAUGCCAAACACUUCCAAAGACAUGGAUCAACAAAAAUUGAGAGAGAAUCUGGAUACAAUAGCAGGCUUGCGUUCAACUGCAAACAAAAAGCAAGUUUGGGAGAAGAUAUCAAAUUCUCUUGGUAAAAUUGAUGUACACAUAUUAUGGACGCAUUUAUAUGAUGCUUUAUCACAAGACUUGGACAAAUUAAUGAAGUUGGAGAUCAAAAAUGAUUCUACUCAUUCGACUGUAGAGAGUGAAGUUAUAGAUAUCGGUAUUGCAAAAGCAUGUGGCCAAAAUAUAUGCAUGAUAUCAAAAAAUAUAUUAUCUGAAGCUAAAGUUAGAACAUAUCAGCAACGUUUAAUGGAAUUUAUAGAAUUAAUCGAGUCAUCAUCUCAUGAAGAUAUUAGCACAUGGUUAGCUUUAACAUUAGAGGUAAAAAAAUUAGAAGCUGAACAAAUGUAUCUGCAAAAUGAAGUACAAGGAUUAAAGAAUAAUAUUCAAGACAACUUUUUGCUUAAUCAUGAUAUAGCUCGAUUAACGACUGAUAUAGAAACGGUUGAUACACAGAUGGAUGAGUAUAUAAAGGAUAUUCAGCAGUCUGUAGCCAUUUUCAACUCUACAACAUCGCUUAUACUUAAAGCAAAAGAAAAAUUACAUUAUGGAUUAGAAAAAAUAGUGGCAUUACGGUCCGACGAUUAUGAUCCAAAAUGUUUGAAUAAUGCACUGGACACCGAACUGGAUAUGUUUUAUAAUAAUUUAGAUCUCAAUGCUUUGCGAAAAGUAAUGUUGAAAGGAGAUGUAGGAUUAUAUAGAUACACAAUCUGUAAUCUUAACAAAGCUUCCAUUACUACAAUCAAUCCGCAAUGGAGGAUUAAGGCUUGCUUCCCAAUGAUACAGAUGCCAAUAUAUUGUCUUGUAGAAUGCUAUAGCAACGCGAUUGCCAAUAUAAUCUACACAAAGUUACAUUGUUCCACAUCAAUCAAAGAUAUCGAUCAGUGCCCUGAUAGAUUAGUAUCACGAGAAAAAUGCGAUUACAAUAGUCUGGAAUUAUUAAGCUUCGGUAAAGUUGUUUGUGAUCAGGCGCGCGAAGAGAUUGAGCAUUUCAACGCGAUUUUAAAAGCUUGGAAAUAUCAGGAAGUACAAGAAGUGAUGGCGAUAGUCGAAACAACUGUAGACAACGUAUCCUUUAAAGAUUGGCUGCAACGUUACAGCUUAUUAUUAUAUAUGAUACAAAAUAGUAAAUGAUCGAAAAAUACAUCCGUCGUUUAUGUUAUUAUCAUGGAUGCGCAAAGAAUUUUGUACAAAUAUAAGAUUUUAUAA